GAAGUGGAGAAGUUCUCACAAUUAAGGUGGAGAACGAGGACAGCUACGGAUGGGCACAUAAAUACACAGAAAGGCAGGUCUGUGUGUGCACUGUGGCCUCCAGUGCUGAGACGACACCUCCUGCACACAUCGCUUGGCUUGGACUAAAGUGCUACCUGCAGCAUGAAGGCAACAGGUGCCUUAAUGCUUCUCAGCCUGCUGUUGCUCUCUUUCUUCUCGGAUGUUGCAGGUCAAGACAUUGAAGAGGUUAGCGCAGUUCUCUGCUUACUGAAUCUGCACUGUCUGGAGGAAUGGAUUUGUAGAGAGUUCGUAAAUAGAAGCGUGUACUGCACAAGGGAGUCCAACCCUCACUGUGGCACGGACGGCAUCACAUAUGGAAACAAGUGUGCCUUCUGCAAGGCAGUGCUGAGGAGUGGAGGGAAAAUCAGAUUGAAGCACCUGGGAAAAUGCUGAGUCCUCACUGUCACCCAGCAGCAAGAGUUGACCCCUCAUCAGCAUCAGCCACAGACGCCUGUUCAUGGGCAGGAGAGCAGCUUGCCCUCAUCUCCGCCAUCUCUGCUCAAUAAAAUAAAGCUCAGCACAAUU